CAACUGCUUGGUGAAUAUUAUUUAGAAGUACCUCCGAAAAAGUAAAUGGUAGUAGUCGUUGCAUAAACACAUGACAGUCAUGACUCUUCAUCCCUGAAAACUUUUGUCCCUGCUCAACACAUCUUGAUAGAUUUGAAACGUACCCAGCAGAAAACUUCACAUCUGAUGCCACCCACUUGAACAGCGCCGCCUUCGCUUCUGCUGAUAAUGGGAACGGAAAUUUGCCCAUUGGUUUUAAUAUGCAGCUUACUCCUACAACAUAAUACAUGAAAGUUCAACCUUGAGUUUUUGUUAUUUUAAUCUUCUUAGAGACGUUCAGUAAUGUUUUAUUCCGAUUAUCAAAAUGAAGAAUUUCUAUGGAGUCCUUCCGCAUAUUAGAAAUCUAUCUUUUUUAAGUUUCUGUUUAUUUUCUCUCAUUCCAAAAGAGCAAAAUAGGCAUACAAAUUGUGUAGUAAAAGUUUUUUUCUGUAAUACGAACUCAUCGUAAGAUUUGGCCUAAUUUCAUUUAUAAAAUUUGGUUGAUCUUGAUAAAAAAAAAUGGUUGAUCAAAAAUAAAAUUAUUUAAAACAAUAUUUUAAAUAACAAUAAUAUAUAUUGUCAUUAAAACAAUCAUCAAACCAGUAAUAUUAUGUUUACUAAGAAUGUUAGAAUCCAUUAAAUUAUACUCUCUCUGUUUCCAAAAGAAAUAUUUUCUAGAUUAUUCACGCAUAUUAAGAAUAAAUUAAUUUUUUACACUUGAAUUUAUUAUUUAUUUUACUAUAUAUUUUCCAAUAAAUAUCAACCAAUAGUAUUUAACCAAUUCAAAUAUUUUCAAUUAAUGUUCCUUAAAAGUAUACAAUUUUUCAACAUUAACUACUAAAAGUACCUUAAAAUUUUAGAAAAUCUAUCAUUUUAGAACAAAAAAUAAAUCUAAAAAAUCCUACUUUCAGAAAAAGAGGGAGUAUAUUAACCAUAUUUUAAAAAAACUUAUCGAUCAUUAUAAGUUCAGCUCUUAAGUAACAUUUUCUAAAGGUAAAGUUCAAUCGGUCCGACUGGCUGAUCCAAUGAAGUUUAAAUCAUUGUUCAAAACUUAUCUGUUUUAUGUGUGGUUUACUAAUCAAAAUUUCAACUCAUAUUUAAAAAGUUGCGCAAAAAUUUAGAUAUCUUCAUUUUGUAUGAGAAGUAUCUUUAAAUUUUUGAAAAAGAGAUCUAUCUUAAAAAAGUGCUAACUUUUAUUUCCCCAGAAAAGUUACAUGGUAUUUACAAAACCUUCAUCAUUUCAAAGUAAACACAAUCAAAUUGCAAACAUUAAAUCAUAGGAAACCGGCAAUUUCAGUCAUAUAGGGACAUUAAGUAUUGUUACUUAGCUAGACCAAUGACCAUUCCAUUAUAUAUUCAAAGUUCAAAUUUCCAUGGUGCUCAGAAGGUAACGUUCCAACAGAUUUGCUUUAUUUAUUUCUAGUAUAAGAGUUCAUUUAUUCAUCGCAUAUUUCGUAAUCAGACUACGAAAAAUGUUGCGCAAAAAAAGACUAAUAAAGUUAGUAUUUGGUAAAAGGAGUUUUUAUUUCAGUUUAAAAUUUAAAUUUGAUUAAAAAAGUUCAGUUUAAAUUGCUAACCCGUGUGUUAAAAAAAAAAUUGCUAACCCAUAUUUGACCAGAAAAAAAUAGUGGUCAACUAAAGCGUUUUGGAAUUAUGAUUUCAUUGAAUAAAAUAAUAAAUUUAGAUCUGCCACAUUUCUAUUAAGAAAUUAGCCAAAUAAUUUAUAAAAAAAAGUCAAUGUCUCUGGAAUUUACUAUACAAAUGUCUUCAGUUUUGUUAAUAUAUCAGCAACACAUUAUAUAUUUAUAUAAAAUUCUAUAUUUGAGCUGUAAAAUAAAAUAGCAAUCUAAGUUUUGUUUUUUUCCCAAUUUUGUUCUUGUGCACAUCUACAUUAAAGCCUAUGGUUGUGGGUAACAAGAAAAAGUUAACGUCAAUUAUUCGUAACAAUAGUGUUAUAUGGCUGUUUUUCUGUGCAUACAAUGGCUUAACCUUUUCUAGAACAAAAUAAUGGGUAAAUAGCCAUCGUUUGACUAAGAAUUUUACAAUUAAUUCAUAAAUAGAAAAGACAGAAAAUAGUGGUAAAAAAAUAGAAAAAAAUCAUAUAAUUCAGGCGUUCCAGAUGACCCAACUGACCAAUUCAGAGUAAACAAUCAGAGAAAAUUAAAAUAAAUCAAAAGGAAAACAAUCUGUGCCCUGCAAUAAUUCCACUUGGACUUAUAUCUUUUUCACAUUAUCGAAAAGGCCGAGAAAAGAAUCAAUUAAAAAAGGUAAAUAAAAGACAAAACGGCUCUGGCAAAAUCUCUGACCUUUAAAGAUAGUUCAGUCACAUAAUCAGCAUGUGUACGUCGUUUCUUUUUUAAAAAAUAAACAGAAACUUAAUUGUCUAUAUAUAAUAAUAGUGUCAGAUAAAUAUUAACCCAAGAAAGUCUCUCUUUCUCUAUCUUUUUGUUUUCUUUUUUACGAUUCCCAUCAAUACAAAUCAACAUAUAUAUAUUUAUAAGGUGGUCUUGAUGCAGAGGUUACAUGCAUUGUAGUAUUAAACAUCGAUUCUACUCCUCUCUCUCUCUGUUCUUCUGCUUCAUCUUUCUUUGAUAAAAAAACAAACAAAGCUUAUAUCCUCUGUUUUGGCCGGUAAAGAGAUGGCGAUACAAGCGCAGUUGCAUUACAACGCUUCGAACGUGAACCAAAUCGGUACUGGCGGGUCUCUGCUCAACAACAAUGGAGGAAUCGGAAUCGAUCAGUCGUACAUGAACAACCAUAAUCUCCUGUCGCAGAAAGAUUUGAACCAACAUGCUCUGUUUCAACACCAACAGUAUCGUUCUCAGAGCGUUUUAGACGCUUACAUGGAGAGACAGAAGCAAGAGAUCGACCAGUUCAUCAGAGUCCAGAACGAGAGGUUGAGAUACGCGUUGCAAGAACAGAGGAGGCAAGAGAUGGAGACGAUGUUGAGGAAGAUGGAGGCGAAAGCUUUGGUUUUGAUGACGCAGAAGGAGGAAGAGAUGUCGAGAGCCCUGAGCAAGAACAUGGAGCUCGAGGAUCUGUUGAGGAAAAUGGAAAUGGAGAAUCAAACGUGGCAGAGGAUGGCUCGUGAGAACGAAGCGAUGGUCGCGACGCUUAACUCGACGUUAGAACAGGCUCGAGAGAGAGCCGCAGCCGCCACGUGUCAUAACGAAGCCAUGGCGGUGGAGGACGAAGGGUCGUGCUGCGGAGGAGAUGAUUUUGCGGCGAAGAAGGUGAGUAGUUGUUGCUGGAAUUGUGGGUCUAAUGGAGAGACAAGAGUGCUGUUUCUGCCGUGUAGGCAUCUCUGUUGCUGCACGGGGUGCGAGGACGGUCUUGUUCUUUGUCCGAUGUGUAGUGCCCCGAAGAAGAAUAGAAUCGAGGCGUUUAUUUUCUAAGGGAAACUGUUUUCCUUUCUUUCUCUGAAAAAUUGGUAGAGAAGCCAUUAAGACCGGUCCACCGGUGAACGGAGAGGUUCUUACACCGGGACGAUGACGUGGCAGGUUGAUUUUGUGUUUUUCGAGAAGUUUAGGGAAAAAGGAAAGUUAGACUAGGGAAAGGAUUUGCUCCAAAAAAAAAAAGACUUGGUAAAUUCCUCUUUUGUUUGUUUUUUGGAUCAAUGGAAAGGAAAAAAUCCAGCUGGAUUUGAUGAACAUAAUUCAUAUUUUACCUUUUAUCUAAUGAAUUUUUAUAUAAUGAUAAUUUUAGGACAUCA